CGGUGGAGGAGGAGGACAAGGAGGUGGAGGAGGAAGAGGAGGAGUAAAAAGAAGAAGAAGAAGAAGAAGGAGAAGCGGUCUGCUGACCGGCCGCGGCGGGCCGGGCCCCUGACGGCGCGCGGAAGCGCGCCUGGGCAGACCGAGUGAGACUGGCAAUCAGACAGACAAGCCACGCACCAGGCGGCGCGCGGGCGUGAACACAUGUGGAAAAUACAGCCAUCAGGAGGAGGAGCAGCAGGAGGAGGAGCAGGAAGAGGAGGAAAGAGGAACCUUCUUCCCGCGCGCGCCCCCUGCCAUCCCCCCGGUGGCCUGCUGAGCACCUAGAGGCCAAAAGCUCCUGCUCUCGGGCGGCGCCGCGGCGCGAGCGUCGGAGCUGUUACGUUCAUGCCAUUGUUCGUUCCCCUGGUUUUCCUCCUCUGGCCUCUCUCCCACGCCAGCUGCGCGGCCUUCACCUCUUCGUCGGGGCGGUGUUGCGCAACGUCCUCGACGACCGGGCAGUGGCCCUGCCUGCCGCAAGCCAUCCACUCCAUGACUUUCGAGCUCUGGCUGUCUCUGUUGAUCACGAUUCCCUUGCACAUUGCAGCGAUCUCCUGAGAGGCCCAGUACACAGCCUGCUGGGCCAGACGACUGUCCUUGGUCUCGAAUAGGUUAUCCUGCCCUCCAAGACGCAGCACAUUCUCGCGGAGGCUCGCAGUGCCAGUGGAAUGGCUUAACUGUUCGUCCACAUACGUCUGAUUGUCCGUCGCGAUGAAAACCCGAGCUGUGCGCGAGGGUGUAGCUGCAAGCAGCCUCGCCUUAAGAGACAUGGCCACAUCUGUCAACUCACCAAAAGUACGGUUGAAACCAGGCGCCUGCCCAUAGGCCGGGUUGAAAGGUUGCGUUGGCCCAAUGAAUGGCACCAAUAAGCGUCAUCGACUUUGUCACCGCGGCGCAUGUGCAUACCGAUGCAGUCCGUCUUUCCCUCGGAAAUUUCUUCGAGCUCCUGGUGUCUCGCUAUCUCCUGCGCAACACGCGCGCGGAAGCGAUAGUUGCGACGAAACAAAAAGUUUCGCAACAGGAAACCCGUCCGCAUAGUGAGAUCACCAAACGUCUCGAAUGCACCCUUGCCUUCAUCAUCUUGUUUAAAUCCCAUGCUACCGAUAGCAUUCAAAGCUUCGUCGACAUUUGAGAACUCGGCGACUAUCGGGUCAGAUUUUCUUUCAUGCGUCGCAUUCAAGCGAAAGUGCUCCAUCAUGUCCCGCCAAGAUGCAAUGGGCGCAACGCCUGUGGAAGCGGUAACGAGAAAAACGGUCGGCGCAAAAUCCAUUCCUUCCUUUUCAUGUCGGUAGUCUCCUUCGACUGAGCAGUUUGUAAGAGGUAAGAAAAAACAAAGCCAACGAUUCCUCGGACCAGUUCCGCCUGGGCCCGGCGCAUCACAGAAGGUGCUAUCGCGAGGCUCCAUAACCCACUCCUCAUCAUUGUAAAGUCCAAGGAUUGGGCCGCCUUGCAGCCCAGCCAGCUGAUCGACGAUGCCCGUAUCCCAAAGCAUUUGGGCAGUAAAUGAUCCGAUGAAACGCGCAAACUCGUUGACUAUCAGCAUGCGUUGCCUUUUGCAACUGCGCGGGAACUGCUUUGACACAAGGAUGGCAGAAGAAUCAACAGCUGCAUCAACACAAACGCUCGGAGGUCCGAGCGGCUUUCCAGAAUCUGCGCUGGACCCCACUCCUCUGCGCGCGGAGCGCGCCAGGACAGGCGCUGGAGGCGCCGCCAAGGGGGGCCCAGCGCCGAUCCAAGAAGUCCGCGCGGAGCGACGAAGGCUUGUGCUUGUGCAGUUCAACCUUCUUCGGGAUGCGUGAAAGGUUUUGCACGGCAGGAUCAGCACUGCGCUGGAGCACAAUGGUGGGCGCUGCCUCGAGUUCCUGCCACGGAUAGGCCUCGGAUGUGACCUGCCAGAUCAAGCCGUGGCGCCAGGAAGGUGUCUACGACGUGGCCCGCCUCCUCGAGCGCCUCGCGCCACGAACCCGCACCGCCCUUCCGCGAAGACGUUAGCUCGAGUCUCAAGCGCCGUGUGCAGGUGCUCGCGGCGGCAGCCUCCAUUGCGAGCAGGCUUGCGCCCUGGAUGGUCACGUCCGCCUGGCAGCGUUGAAUUGAAUCAUGGCCAGUCGGAACUCGCAGCGCCACGGAUGGCCAGACUGUUGACAACAAUGAUAGGAACUGCAUUGCGGGAACACGGACGCCACGCAUCGCCAAAGCUGGGAAAGGCAGCUGUCGAACAGAAACGACGUGUACGGUAUGUCUACAGCAUGUGAAAGGGCAAGAUGUUGAGCCCAGAGACU